UGUGCCAGAAUGAGAACACUUCUAUUUUGUUUGUCAUAAUUAUACACAUUUUUACUGCUUAGUUUAAAAAUGGGUCUCAAAACAUUUUCAAUAUUUCACAAUGACAAUAGGCAUUAGUUAUGUUCGAAAUAUUCCCAAUAUUAAAAAAAAAUAUCCUUGUGCGUAGACUACUGUUGAAAUACGACUAUACAAUUUUAGAGCUACAUAUAUUGAAGCUGUAAUCUGUUUCUCGUCCCUACAAUGGACUUAUAACCUCUAUAACAUGUGCCUUAAAACCAAUCAAUUCUUCAUAAAAUAGGUGGAUAAGGAAUGCUUUUGUUUUUUCUGUUUUACCUGUAUUCUAUUUUGGGGUGAUCUCAGUUACAAAACUACGUCAACUGGAUAACCACUGGAAAUCAGACAAUACUGAACAAUAAAUACUCUUUUGUGCAAUUUCGGUAUAUAAUAAAUACACGUGUAGAGUUAUUUCAUGCUAGUGGUAAGCCCUGUUAGAACGGGCAAGCUUCUUUGUUGGCCAUGAAUUCGUGAUUUAUGCAUGUUCCCUGACAUGAUAACCUUAGUGGACAUUUUUAAUUUGUUUAUUUUUGGCUUGAUUUUCGGAAGGAUUUCGAUGCCACCCGACCAAUCAGAUUUGUUCUAUUUUUGGCUUAAAUUUCUGAGGGUUCGGUAUAGUAUAGUAUACCAUACUAUGUAUUUCUUCUAAUAGAGGUUGUUGUUAUUGUCACUCUGGACAUCGGUUUUCCCAUUCUGACUUUUUUGUUCAUCUCGUCCUGGGAUAUAAUUUCAAGUGAUCACUUGGUUAUAGUGUCAUGUUCUGGAGGCACAUUCUUCUAAUCAAAUCUAAAUUACUCAUCUUCGCGGGGUCAAUCAUGCUACAUUUAGCUAAAUUCCGAUGUCUUGAUAAUCUAUCCUCGACCUAGUGGUUGGACCCAUGUAGUUAACCCUGUGAAAGAAAGAUGAAUAGAAAGCGAGGUCAGUUAGAGAAUCUUUGUUCAUCGAAUCUACAUCCAACGCACGCAACAGGAAUGACUCAUCACUGAUUCCAGAGAUAUGGUAAAUAUUACCAUCAAUCAAAUCGAGAAAUGAGAAAUAAGAGAAUUAUAUAGUCUAAGUUGAAAGGUUGUAUGACUACCUUGAUAUCAUUAUGAGCAGUAGAUUGUGAUGGAAACUUCAUCACUGAAUAAUACUGUGCGACACUGUGCUACUUUAUCAAAUAAAUUUACUUACAUUAAUUCUCAUUUAAUUGGUCAGUUCAAAAUUGUGUAUAUUUAGACGUUUUCAACAUUGUCCGAUGAGCGUUGCGUAUACACGCACCUAGUUCGAACACACUCAAUAUUCAACUUAUUUACUAAAAAAACUCCUGUGUUCAGUAACUAAAACCUCUAUGACUUGGCCUCACCUGAACUUUAUCAAAAUGGUUUAACACUUUCAAAAAUAUUCUCGAUAUUUUAUUUUAUUUAAUGUGAUCUGUCUCUUGAUAAUGUGGACUGCAAUGUCUUUUAUCUGAUUUAGUCAUUUAAUGCACUUUGGUGAUAUGAUAUUCGAUCAGUGAUACUUUUAUCAUUGUAAUAGGAUACUAUUGUAACAACAGAAAACAAGGGCUGGCAACAUAUCGUUUUAUUACGGAAAUAAGCACGUAUUUAUAUAUAUUUUCUGUACAUUAUUAAAGCUUAUUCAAGCAGACAAACGCCAUCUUCUGACUGGUUGUUUCUGGUUUCUCGGAAAGUUAAGUCAUCUUUCUGCGAAUCUUAUUUGCCCACGUUAAGUCUGCUGUGAUUGGUUGUUGAAUCAACCUUGUUCAUAUUUUCUCACGGCCAAUAUUAGUGACCUAGACAUUGACGUAAAUUAAUGCCUACCAAUUGGCUAGCAGUCUGCUCUCACCACACUAUGAUGUUGCUUUAUGGCUUAAACCCCUUAACUUUCAUCCGCUAGGUCCUUGGUUUGAGUCCCACUCUGUUUUCUUCAGUCUGGGUAACUGGAUAAUAUCAUCAGCACUCAAACGACAAGUGUAGCUGCUAGUUUGAUGCAUAAAAGACCCGGAUCUUUGAGUUCAAAUAGUCAACACUUUGACUUUAUAUUUAGAUGACUUCAUUUUACGCACCAUAUAUAUUCUCACAAUUAUUUAGUGUUUAGGUUUUCUUCUCUUAGAUAAUAAAUGUAUAACCUGUAUAUCUCAAUGCCCAUGUUGAUCUUCUUUUUCUUAAAAAAUUUCAGAAUUAUAAUUAAUAUGAAUACACCAAGUACCCAAAAUAAUGCUGAUGACCAUCAUCAUCAUACGUCUUCUGUACAUGAAUCAACUGUAAUCGGUGAAAAUUGUCCAAGUUGUCGUGUAGUCAGUUCAGUUAUUCCAAUAACCCUAUCGGCCUACAUUAUGUAUGUGUGUAAGGAUCAAUUAUUUAAAUAUGCUGGUGCACAAAAAGUUUCAUAUUUGACAAUAUGUACUGGGAUGUCCGUAGGUUUACUGUACCUUGGUGUACGCCAGCUGUUUCGUCACUGAAGCACAGAAAUUGACUAUGAAAUUCUUGUGCAUUUCGAAGUGUAUGUUUCUGUGUGUCCGUGUGUGUGUGUUUGUUUGUACAUAGCACUUCUUGACAAGAUUCAUUUUCACUAUUCUUCAUCUAUCUAUCUGUAUAAUAAUUAUUAGAUCUUAUUUUAUAAAGAUUGAUUCAUGGA